GUUUGUGUUUGCCGUUCAACCUAAUCGGUCGUAAUUAGUUGAGUUUUAAAAGUGCUCCGCGAUAACACAUCAAAUACGGUUAAACCAGACCAAUAAAGUUCAAGUUCAAAUUCACCACACUACACAUAUUAGAAGUUCACGCAUGUGCUACAAGAAAACCAAACAAUAUGGAAACAAACAUAGCUGAGUCGUUUAGAGAUGGGAUCGUUUUUGUUACUGGAAGUACAGGAUUUUUGGGGAAAAUACUGAUUGAAAAAUUACUCAGAUCUUGUUCAUUGAAAAAAAUUGCAGUUCUUAUUAGAAGUAAAAAAGGAAUGGAUUCAAGUCAAAGGAUUGCAGAUAUCUACAAUCAAUCUAUGUUUGAGCGCCUUCGAAUCGAAAAGCCUGAAUUCAUGACUAAGAUAAAAAUUAUUGAAGGAGAUUUGGAACAACCCUCGUUAGGCUUAUCAUCAAAAGAUCGUGAUUGGUUGAUGGAAAAUGUGAAUUUCGUUUUUCACUGUGCUGCAACCAUCAAAUUCAAUGAAACUCUUCAGAUGGCAACAAAAAUAAACAUACAAGGAACAGAUACUAUUAUAAAACUCGCAGUGAUGAUGAAAAAUCUUAAGGGUUUUGUACACGUAUCGACCGCUUAUUCACAUUGUCCGAGGAAUGUAAUUAAGGAAGAAUUCUAUCCCACUCCAAUUACGGCCAAGGAACUAAAAAAUAUGUCCAAAGACGAAAUGGCAUGUCCAAACAUUUUAGAAAAUUGGCCCAAUACAUAUACGUUUACUAAAGCGAUUGCAGAAAAUUUGAUAUCGAGAAAUGAAAAUCAUUUGCCGAUUUCAAUAUUUCGUCCAUCAAUUAUUGGCUGCACAAGGUUAGAGCCUAAUUCCGGUUGGUUGGAUAAUAUUAAUGGACCAUCUGGUAUAGUUACCGGCGUCAUAUCUGGAUUCUUAAGAACGAUACAGCUUGACAAAAGUAAAAUAGCUGAUAUUAUUCCAGUUGAUUAUGCAGCAAAUGCAUUGAUCAGUGUUAUGUGGGAUACAGUUAACAGACAUCGACAUUCCAAUCAAACGAAUACGGUACCAAAAAUAUAUAAUUACGUUUCUGGUGUUGAGAGCCCGGUGACAUGGGGUAGAUAUUACACAGAAACACGACACUGUUUUUCAGACAUUCCUCCAUUGCGAUCGAUGUGGCAUUUAUUUUGUAUUUUCCCUACCAAUUCAUUAGUUUACUCAAUUCAGAGGUUUUGGCUACACAAGAUACCGGCUGUAUUAAUGGAUUUGUUGUUAAUUCUAAGCGGUAAAUCUCCCAUAAUGCUGAAAACGUAUUCAAAAGUAGAAAAUGCCUUGGAUUUGCUUCGUGAAUUUACUACUAGACAGUGGUCAUUUGACAAUAAAAACACUGUAGAACUGUGGUCGUCUCUAAGUAAAGAAGAUCGUGACACGUUUUGGUUCAGCUUUGAAGAAUUUGACUGGAAAACAUAUAUAGAAAUCUAUUAUUUUGGGAUCAGGAAACAUAUACUUCACGAAGACCUAAGUAAUAAAGAAAGGGCUGUAUCAAAACAUCGAAAGUUAUUCUGGUUGCAUCAUUUGUGCAUUGUUCUUAUUAUUUAUCUCAUUCUACAAUUUUUGUAUUGGAUGUUUAAAAUAUAAAUAGAACCUACCUCCAAAUACGCAUUUGAAUUACGAACUAAUAACACUUCUCCAUAUUAAUACGUUAUGAUCAUGAAACAAAACAGCUGAUACUUGGACAAGAAAUGAAUAACUACUGCAUGUACAUCUUUAUUUUAUUUUAUUUAACUUUAAGUUUAUUUUAAUUUUAAUUAGUCAGUCAUAUUAACCUGUAGUAAGUUAUUUAUAUAAUGUAUUCUACAUCAUACAAAAUGUAUUUUUCAAUAGGAAAUUAAAUUAUUUUGCGCAAUACGUCCGCUGAAAAAAAUUAGAAUAAGAAAUCAUUAUGCACCUGUUGGUUAUAACUUUAUAAGAUACAUAAGCAUUAUUGUGUAGUUUUAUUUUUUUAAAUAAAUGUAUUAUUAAAGCCACUUAUCAGAAACCGAGUAUCAACGAUUGACUAUUCCACUCUUUUAUAUUU